AUGGCCCGAGGAUCUUCGAGUAAAUCUUCCUCAUCAAAAACCAAGGAAUCGUCAUCAUCAAGUGCAACCAAGACAGAUGUUCCUCUCUCGUGGAAUCCUCUUCGUUUGGAUCAAGUGAUCAUACCUAGUCAAACGAAACCAGAGCCUUCCGAAGGAGCAGAUGUUCAAGUCCUGGUUAAAUCAAGACAAGUCAAAGGAUUAACGACAUGCCCGAGCGAUUGCCUCUUCCGAACUCAUCAAUAUGAAUUUGUAAUUACACCAUCUAUUGAGUUACUUCAAUGGGCUGGUUGUAAAUUUGGAUAUUAUGCCAUGAUUAAAUUAUUUACAAAUGAAAGGAAUUCAGUAAGUCAUGGGGAUGGUGCCAAUUCAGAACCACCUCACGAUCAUGAUGACCAUUGGGUUGAAUGUUUUUCCGAUGAUAACACACCUGUAGUUUUACAAUCCUUUAUGGAAGAUUACGAUCAAGAAACGGUUUGGAAAAUUACCAUGUACUGGCCUACGAGUAGUAACUACAAAUUCAAUUCAAAAGCCUUAUUCCGAUUUGAGAUUGAUGUGUUCCGAGCCAAUGCUGCCAGUAGAGAUGAAAUGAAAAAGGUAGCCACGAAAAUUUCAUCUUCAUUCCGAGUGUUAUCCAAACCAGAAGUCUAUUUGAAAGGUAUUGCAAAACCCAAAAAGUCGAAAUCCAGCAAAACAACCAAUAGUACUGUUACGAACAGACAGAAAAAGAACUCGUCUAAAAGGAAAAAGACCUCACAAAAAGAAGAAGAAGAAGAAGGUAUUACCAGCAAUGUCGAAGACUUGGACGAAAACAACAACAAUAGUAACAGCAACCACAAUGAUGAUGAGCCUCCUCACACAAAACUGAAAACAGAACCUCCUCCAGACCUUGUUUUAGAAUCGGGUGAAGCCUUCUUCUCAUUUCCUGCAAGUCCUCCUUUAUUCUCGAGUGUUCUUCGUGGUAGUGUUGCUACGGGGACCGGCAAUACCACUCCUCAAUCACCAAUUCUUUCACUUCGUAGUAGUUCAGCAACAGCAACUGGCCAUCCAACAACAACUUCCAAUUCCUCAGAUCUCAAUAUUAGCUCACUAUCUACUUGUUCGGAUUUUCUUGUUCCUCCAUCACAACAACAACAACCUUCUUCCUCGUCACAAGAGUUUUUCAAUCUUUUCCUGACACCUCCACUCUCACAACAACAACUUCAAACAGAGGAGAUGGGAGGUGAUUCUUUUUUCAAUGCAGAACUGCCAAGUCUUUCACAAAGUAGUAAUAACAUUCCCUCUCAAUAA